AUGAAAGAAAAACUUUGCUUUGAUUCCUUAGUUAACGGUGUAUUAGAAUCUUCAUGUUAAACUAGAUGCUUUUGGAUAGUAUUGGAAGCUAGAAAAUGUAUAACAGUUGUAUUUUUAUCAAAAUAUUUAUUUGAAAAUAAUAAUUCUUCUAUUGCUUCAUGGGUAAGUUUAUCAGUUUCUAUAGUUUUUUGCUUAUAUAUGAUUAUUACAAGACCACUUCAAUCGAAAAGUUAAAAUUUUAUCAUAAGUGUUUUAGACUUUGUUUAUAAUAUUAUAUUGAUCAUGAUUGGAGUUAUCAUAUCAGGAAAAUAUUCUGACAUAUAAACUUAAUAUUAUCUAAAUAAUUAGUCUCUUGCAAAAAUUAUUAUAAUAGCUAUGAUAGUAUUUACUUCUUUCUAUUCAAUAACUGCAAUUAUAUUGAUCCUUUAAAGAUUAAAGAUAUAUCUAAAAUUAAGGAAAAGUAAAACACACAUUUAAAAAACUACAAAUUAGCAAUCUUUAGAUAUUUCUGCAAGCCAAAAAAGCUUUGUCUCAGAUUAAUGUCUGGAAAAAGCUUUGAAACAGUACAACUAAAAUUAAUUUAAAUUUCAAAACUCUCUGAAUAAAAAUUCAUUUACUAGAAAACUAAUAAAUAUAAAGCAAUGA